UGCAAUAUAAUUGCACUGUCUUCUUCUUCUCUAUCUUCAACGUCCCAACAAUUUACUGAGGGGGGAAGAGAGAAAAAGACUUUGAGAGAGAAAAAUACACACAGUUUCUGUGAUUUCACUAGCAAAGAAGCACAUCGGAGAAAAAAAGAUGGAGAAGCAGAAACUUUCACUCGGAGAUUCGUCAGGAGAGACCUCGGAGGUGAAGAGAAGCGUGUGUACGGAAGAGAAGUUUGUGUGGCCAUGGGUUGGUCUCGUGGCCAACAUACAAACGGAGGUUGAUAAAACUGGUCGGAGAGUUGGCAGAAGCGGUUCAACGUUACGUGACGAGCUCAUCCAAAAGGGGUUUAAUCCAACGAGAGUCCAGCCCAUCUGGAACUUCAAGGGACACUCUGGUUUCGCCUUGGUGGAGUUCACCAAAGACAUCAAAGGGUUCGAGAACGCCAUGAACUUCGAGAGGAGUUACAAAUCAGACGGCCACGGCAAGAAAGACUGGGAGAAAGGUGUUCACUUGAGAGAUGAUAAGCCCUACGGAUGGGUUUGUAGAGAGGACGACUACAACCGGAGUGGGAUUGUUGGCAAGAACGUUAAGAAGAAGAGAGACUUGAAGAGUGUGUCACAGCUUCAAGAAGAGGAGGAAAGAAAAAUGGUUCAGCUUGUCGAGAACAUGUCUCAGUCGAUUGAGAUGAAGAUGAUAAGCAAGCAAGAGCUCGAACACAAAGUAGAUGAGACUUCUCGUGUUCUGCAGAGUGUGGAGUUUCAUAACUAUCAGCUAAACCAAACCUACAAACAAGAGGUUGAGAAGAUGCAGACGAACUUGCAUGAUCUGUAUCAGCAGAUUAUAAUAGGACAUGAAAAAUCUAUGUCUGACCUGGAGACAGAGAGGGAGAAGCUGGAGAAUCGUGCAAGGCAGAUCUGCAUAGACGAAGCUGAGAUGGAAAAAUCCAGACUUGAAAUAGAAAUGAAUCAAAAGGCUAUGCUGGAGCAGAAUGAAGCGAAUAUGGAAGCUAUGAAGCUUGCAGAGAAGCACCAGAAAGAGAAGGAGAAGCUACAUGAGAAGAUAAUGGAAAUGGAAGCGAAGCUAAAUGAAACGCAAGAGCUGGAGUUGGAGAUAGAGAAGCUGAAAGGCAGCAGCAAUGUGAUGAAGCAUAUGGCGGAUGGAGAUGUAGAUGUAGAGUUAAUGGAGAAGAUGGCCAAGACUCAGAUGGAGCUGGAGGCUAGAGAAGCGGCUCUAUAUGAUAAGAUAAAGUCUGUGACACAGAAAGAACGCAUGGCCAACGACGAGUUUCAAGAAGCUAGGAAAGAGAUGAUUCAGUUCUGGAAUGAGAAUGAGGAUUUGGUGAGUGGAGAGAAGAUAAGAGUGAAGAGGAUGGGUCAGUUAGACACGAAGCCGUUUGUGGUAGCAGUGAAGAAGAAACUUAGAGGAGGUUCAAGAGCAAAAGCAGAGCUAAAAGCUAUGGAGUUGUGUUCAUUUUGGGAAGGACAAGUUGGAGAUGUGCAUUGGUAUCCAUUUAAAGUGGAUGAAUCUGAUGGAAUCGCAAAGAUUGUGGUUGAUAACAAGGAUGAGAAGCUGAUUAAGCUGAAGGAUGCCUACGGUGAGGAACUUUACAAGGAAGUGGUGAGAGCAAAAAGGGAGAUAGUGGAAUACAACCCGAGCGGUGGCUACGUGGUUUCAGAGCUGUGGAACUUUGAGAAGAACCGAAAGGCCACAAUGGAGGAAGUGACGGAUGUGAUGUUGAAGAUAAGGAAGACGGUCGUGGCUAUGAAGAACAAGCGAAAGAGGCGUUGAGAUUUUGAUGCGCAAAUAAUAAGAUAGAACUUUAAAGAAACAACGUGAAGUGGUUUUUGCCUUUAGACAUUGCUAUGCUCCUUUUUUCUUACAGACAAGUUUAAAUUAAUUUUGCUAGUACUGUGACUGAUGUUGGCAGUUUCUUUAAUGGUUUAUCUCCCAAUUAUUUUUGC